AUGGGGCAUGCGGAUGCCCUGAGCUGCUUGCCACUGCCAGUCUGUGACCCAGAUCCAGCCCCGGCCCACCAGGUUGCAUGGCUGGAGUCCCUCCAGGAGCAGCCGGUCCACGUCUCGGAGGUGGCUCGCUGCACCUCAAAGGACAAGCUUCUCUGUCGGGUCUUGGACUGGGUGGUGAGGGGGUGGCCCAAGGCCAAAGGAGACACGGACCUGGCUCCCUUCGUGUCCCGGAAGGACGAACUGUCUGUCCACAAUGGCUGUGUACUGUGGGGAAGCCGGGUGGUCAUCCCUAAGCCAUUACAGGAACGAGUUCUAACAGCCCUGCACGAGGCGCAUCCAGGGGUGGUGCACAUGAAAGCCUUGGCCCGGAGUUAUGUCUGGUGGCCGGGGCUGGACAAAGACAUUGAAGACGUAGUAAAGAGGUGCCAGACCUGCCAGACCUCUCGGACAGAACUCCCUCGAGCCCCGGAAAGGGCCUGGGAAUCCUCUCACCGCCCCUGGUCUAGGUUACACUUAGAUUUUGCGGGACCUUUCCAGGGGCAGCUUUUCUUUAUACUGGUAGACUCUUACAGCAAGUGGCUAGAGGUAGUCCCAAUAACUUCCACGUCAUCGAAGGCGGCCAUCCGGGCAAUGUGGCGGAUCUUCAGAACCCAGGGAAUCCACGACACGCUGGUCACGGACAAUGGGAUAGCUUUUACCUCAAGUGAGUUCCAGGACUUCACAAGAUAUUACGGUAUCCGCCACGUCCGGUCAGCCCCGUUUCAUCCUGCGACCAACGGCCAGGCAGAAUGCAUGAAAACAUCCCACACAACGUCUGAUGAGUUUCAUCACCUUGUUUUAUUACAAAGAUAUUUUUCCAAAGAUUCUGCCAUUUCCAUUAAACAGCAGGGACAAGUAUUCCUGAAGCCAGAUGGGCAUUGA